CUGAGUCUAUAGAUUAUGUGGGGAGGGUGUAAUCUUAGUGAGCCCGAUAUCAUAUGACUUGGUCUACUGAUAGAGAGAUAACGCGUUGACAACACAGCACUGUUUAAUACGUUUGCACCGCUGCCAUCAUGAUAGGGACUUUAGUUGUCGCCCUUUGUGUGUUUGGGGCCUCGGGGCUCCUGGUGGACUCGGGCGAUGAUCUGUUCGGGAAGGUCCUGUACAAUCUGGAAAAACAGAUCGACUUCUUUGCCUCGGACUACAGCGACAUUAACGUGGAUGGCCUGUUUGGUCUACGUAUGGCACAAGGUCAGAUGACGUCAGCUGUGGAGAGGUGUCACGAGAGUUCUGCAUGUUCCAGUCAAUAUCUGUCCAAACUUAAGAACAUGGAAUCAAAAAUCGGAGAUACCUCGGACAAGGCCCUCCCGUAUGUCAAACAGUCAGACCCAGCCUACUACGAGCGCUUCCUCCAAACGAUCGGCAAAGCUUGGAUCCUCCCCUAUAUACCUGUGCAGUUUAAGGAGACAGACCUGAGAUCCGUCACUCUUGGGACUAAUUCAUCCUAUAAUGAAGAUUAUGGGGAUGCUUGUUACGCCAGAGUAAUGGGAACAUUUAACAGUAGUGUUCCUCGUUGCACAGUCACACCAGAAUGCUGGAAUUUCAUGACGUCAGACGAUACAUCACACUACGCCAUCACGCAUCAGUUACUCUAUUUCAUCGUUAUUGAGCACGUAGGUUGUCUAGAACAGGUUGAAAAGAACUUGCAUGGACAUAAAGUCAGGGAUGUUCAGACGCGCAUGUGUAAGAGAAUCUAUAAAGAGGCGGAGAACUUGAUUUCGAAAGGGGGUAUAAAAUCAUUUAACCGGGAUCUCUUCCUGGAACAAACUGUGCUGUGCGGACCUCUGGGAUAUGAAAAUUUUAUGCGAAGAGAUUGGAUGGAGAUGACGCUGCGCUGGCUUGACACGCAUUUUGGCUGCUUCAGAAUGACUUUGCCCGAACUUGAAAAAUUGACGGACGAAAUGGUGAACGACGUUUUCAAAAAUCGAAAUAUUUCCGCGGCAACCAUUAAGAAAUACAAAAUACAGGCGGAACAGGAAUCUAAAGAGUCUUUCGAAAAGGAACAGGAAAAAUUAUUAGGGUCAACUUCUAGUCCAACGAUGAGGAAGCUCAUGAGAGAAAAGGGAAUGAAAGGUGAUUGGUGUAUUUUAUGUUUAUCCCAUUUACUAUAUCUCAGGUGUAAGGACUGCAAAUAUAAACAUGAUAUACAAACAUUUAUAUCUUUAUAUAAAUAUUACACCGUAUAUACGUGUGUAUGACUAUAUAAAUAUUGUACUAUAUACACAUUAGCAUGAUUAUAUAGAUAUUACUCUUCAUUAUAUGAUUGAACAAUUCCGGGGGGUGGGGGGGGUUAUUGGCUGAGAUCCAACAAAGUAGAAAAAAUAGAACGUUGUAUUUACCUCCACGGGCCCUGAACAACGUGAAUCUUUUCAAAAUCUGACCAAAAAUAGACUGGGAAUUCCGAAAUUGAGACGAUUCGUUGUUAGUUUUUGUUGUACAAUGAAAAUUCCGUCUCUAAUUACUCUUGACUAGGUCUUGCACUUUAGCUCUAAACAAAGAUGGCUGAAGAGGUGUUGUUUCGUAGGCUGUUGUAGCCGGUUUAUUCAAUAACCCCCCACCCCCCAAUAAAUAAACAAAACAAAAAACAGCAAAACAACUACUGACAUUUUCUCGAUCAAUACGAUGGUUUAGCUGGUUUAGUACAGUAUUCUUCGGGUUGAAUAGCAAUAGCCUUAACAAUGUCAUUAACUGUAUAGUAUACAUGUAUAUUAUCCAAAAAAAAUAUGUACUAUAUAUACAUGAAUGUGAUGACAUGAAUAUUGUACCGCAUUGUAUAUGGCAAUAUAUCUGGAUAUUAGAUCAGAUUCAUGUUUUAAAUUAUUCAUUCGCCAGAUUUGUUUUUUCUGCCGAAUAAACUAUAUGUACCAAUGUUGAGCCCGAUGACUUUGUGACAAAAUAAUAUUGUCUCUCGUUUAUUUUCUUUUUAUUUUCAGACGAUUGCCUUGCUCACACUUCCGGCUUAGGACUCGGGGUUUACGCAACAUACGUCCAUUAUUUGAUUUUACACAUGUAAAACUUAUUAAACAAAAUUAGCCUCUUAUA